AAUAUUUUUCGAUCAAACGAUUUGUGUUUGAAAUCAAAUAUUAUUCUCGGAUAGAUUUUUUUUUGCAAAUAAUAAAUACCUUAUACAUAUUUUCUAAUUAUAAAUUACAUUAAAAUGUCAUUUAAAUCCUUGUUAGUAUUGGAGAAACCUCUGCAACAUUUAGCCCUAUCGGAUUGGCAUAAUCGUGUCAACACUUUGAGAAAUGUAGCCGAUGCUAGACGUGAUGAUGCCUUCGAAAUUCGUCAUAGCUCCAGAACGUUAAGAAAUGAGACACGCAUAGAGGGUGAUUGGACAAAUUAUGAAACCAAUGAAGCAUUAGAUAAUCGAAUUUCUGAACUAAAUCGUUGGAGAGAAGUUAUUUCAAAAACUCUAGAACGCAUCGAACGUGAAAUGAAAUUACUGAGAGAAGAAAAAGCCUCAACCGAACGAGAGCUAGAAGCAAUGCAAACGCCUCUAUCGGUUAUAGGCGAAUGUUUAAACAUGCGCGAUUGUCGUUUAGGCUCCGAAAUGACUUAUGAUGAUGCUGAUACUGAAAUUAAAAAUGAAUUGACUGUGGUGGAGAAUAAUCAACGUUUACUUGCCGAUCAGUGUCAAAAAGCAUGGGAGAAGUUGUGUCGUCUGGAGGAAGUUAAAUUCAAAUUAAAUUUGGAAAUCGAUAAUAAAAGCGAGGCAGAAGGUAUAGAUAUGUCGCAGUCAUCUCUAAAUAAAUUUGCGGCCAAUAUUAGCUAUAAAACCGAAGCCACAAGGAAUCCUAAAAAUUCGUGUUCAUAUCAGUCCUGGCUAGAUCACACUAGAAAUAUGAAACAACUUGCUGAAAAUGAAUUGGCCGAUACGUACGCCAUAAGGGAAGCCUUGUUCGUAUGUCGAGAAAAGGCAAACAAUAUGCUGAAAUCUCAGCAGGAAAGAACUGAACACACUAUUCGUAAACGUAUAUUCGAGACACAGAAAGCUCGCAAUGAACUGGAGUGGCAACAACUAAAGAUGAAAGAAGAAAUGGAAAAGGCCAUAUGUGAAAUUAAAACCCUAGAACAGGCUUUGCGUGAUAAAACAGAUGGUUUGAAAUUAGCCGAAACUCGUUUAGAAAAUAGAGCUCAACGUUCCGGCAUGGAGCUCUGUUUAGAUGAGGCACACGAUCAACUUUGUUUUGAGGUACAAAAGAUACGUGAGAUACGUCGUCGUCUAAACGAUAAAAUCGAAGAGGCCAAAACUAAUUACAAUCUAUUGGAAGAGCAUGCACAGAAAAUCAAUGUUGAUUUGGAGAACAAACAACACUCGCUGAUGACAGAUAUAAGAGCGUUAGAUUUGCGUCAACGUUUAAAGGGUGGGGAAUUUGGUCAAACUAAUCCGUUAGCAGCAGGACAAACCGAAAGAAAUAUUGUUUUAACUAAAAUGGAAAAAGAGAUUCCAAAAAAUUAAACUAUCUUACACAAAUAAAAGAGAAUUUGAAAAUAAAACAUUAUUGAACAACAAAAA